UUUUCGUAAUGCAAACGACAUGUCGUCUUUCGUUAGCGAAAAAUAAAAAGUAAAUACUACUUCUAAUAGAUGAUGUGCCCUGCAUAUCGCGCUCGCUGUUUAUGCUGAAGCUGAAAUAAUGGCCAACACCAAUCCCUCACAGCUCCUUCCGUCAGAGCUAAUAGACAGGUGCAUAGGCUCGAAAAUAUGGGUCAUAAUGAAAGGAGACAAGGAGCUUGUUGGUACUCUCAGGGGUUUUGACGUCUAUGUCAACAUGGUCCUUGAAGACGUUACUGAAUAUGAAAUUACAGCUGAAGGGCGACGCAUAACCAAGCUUGAUCAGAUAUUGCUGAAUGGAAAUAACAUUGCCAUUCUGGUUCCUGGUGGUUCCCCUGAUCCAGAAUGAAAGCACGUGGAUGCUUGCAUAACUUAUUUUUCCUUUUGAUGUAACUGUGGCAGAUAACUUCUUCUUUUUUUAUUGAGAAGUUCAUUUGUUAGGAAUUCCACUUCCAUCUUUGUGCUUUCCUGCAGAAAUGUAGCUGAAAUAUUAUGGUUGUAAAUGAUUUUCUUUGUCUAAUGAACCGUAUUAUCGGGAGAUUU